CAGUUUUGCCGUGUCGCGUAGAGUGUAGUGUUUUUCUUCUCUCUUCACCCCUCCUCGUUUCCGCGCCUCGAGUGCAGUGUGCGUCGAUGCGACCGCCCGUACCUUCCCCCCCUGGUGAAUAAGUAGUGCAUUUAGUGCAAGACCUGAGCAUACCUGGGAACGCUUGAGAAGCACAUCUCCCGAAAACUCCCCGAUCAGAAUCGUUCGCCCAACCUUUCCCCUAUCCUAAUUGCCCUCCUCCACAUCCUUUCCCUCUGCUAACGUCGAGAAGAAACCGUCUCAUCGUAACCGCAGGCUACGUGAUCACGCAAUGGACGGCAUGGAUAACAAACCGGUGUUGAAUGAUGAUCCUUCGGUCACUCUUACCAUUCGACUGAUUAUGCAGGGCAAAGAAGUUGGUAGCAUUAUUGGGAAAAAAGGAGAGAUUGUCAAAAGAUUCCGUGAGGAGUCUGGUGCGAAAAUCAAUAUCUCUGAUGGCUCCUGCCCGGAACGGAUAGUGACUGUCACUGGACCAACGAACUCGAUCUUCAAGGCGUUCACUCUGAUAUGCAAGAAAUUCGAGGAAUGGUGCUCCCAGUUCCACGACAUCCAAGGUGGCGGUGCCGGAGGCGGCGGUGGCGUCUCGAGGCCACCUAUCACGCUCAGAUUGAUCGUGCCUGCUUCGCAGUGCGGUUCCUUGAUCGGCAAGGGCGGUUCCAAGAUCAAGGAAAUUCGCGAGGUCACCGGUGCCUCCAUCCAAGUUGCUUCCGAGAUGUUACCUAAUUCAACUGAACGUGCAGUAACCAUAUCUGGUACCAGUGAGGCAAUCACGCAGUGCAUAUAUCACAUUUGCUGCGUUAUGCUAGAGUCCCCUCCCAAAGGUGCCACGAUCCCUUAUCGCCCCAAACCCCAAGUCGGUGGGCCAGUGAUCCUGGCUGGUGGGCAAGCCUACACCAUCCAGGGUAAUUACGCGGUGCCCGCCCACUCGGACGUAAGUACAGUAUUACCAUUGCCCGCGCCCGCUGCCGGGCCCACCCCGCCCUCGCUGAAUACCCAAACUUUGGCGACCUCGCCCUUCGCGGCCCACCCUUCGUCCUCGGCCUUCGCCGCUUCUCAUGGGCACCCGCUCCUAGCCACGGCCCACCUUACAACCCCACAUCAUCCUCUUCACCCAAGCCCCUUACACGCCAGCGUGGCAGGCCUCGCCGACCCCCUGCUGAAGAGUGGACACUUGCAGGCAGCCCUCCCGCCCGCACACCUCGUGGCAGACGCCAUGGGCAAACUGGGCAGCAAUCCUUUAGCUGGACUGGCAGCCUUAGGUCUCGGUGGUCUUGCCACACCAGCGAACACAGGUGGUCUUAAUCCAGCAGCAUUAGCCGCAUUGGCCGGGAGCCAGCUGCGUACAAGCAAUACGAAUAGGCAACAACCGGCGGCGAACAAUCAAACGCACGAGAUGACUGUGCCAAAUGAGCUGAUAGGUUGCAUCAUCGGCAAAGGCGGUACCAAAAUUGCAGAGAUCCGUCAGAUCUCCGGCGCGAUGAUCAGAAUCAGCAAUUGCGAGGAGAGAGAGGGUGGAGCAACAGACCGCACGAUCACCAUAACCGGGAAUCCGGACGCCGUGGCGUUGGCACAGUAUCUCAUCAACAUGAGUGUCGAACUGCAGAAAGCUAACCUAGAGGCCCAAAAUACCCAAACCCCUGGCAGCGGUACCACUCCCGGGGCAUCCGGGGCCAGUGCUUCCCCCUCUACCACCACUACCACUGCCUCUCCUUUGGCCAGCGCCAUCCCCUUGGCUCAGCUGCUAAGCAAGCCAGGCGCCCUCAACGCCCUAUCUAGCCUCACCGCCCUCGGCGGACUCACGGAAUUGCUAGGUGGUGCUGCUGGUGCGGCUGCAUCCGCGCUACCGGUCCAGACUACCGGCGUGCACCGAUCGCACAAGACCUUUACACCGAGGCUACGUAGCCCGGGCGCACCAGGCCCGACUGACAGCGGCAAGUUUAAAUCCGAGCGUAGCAAGUACAAUCCGUACUGAGCAAAUGAACGGCAAGCGGUGGGAUGUUACAGGGAAAACAUUAAACGUACACACAUUUACACCAAUAGCAAACACUUGUGUAACACUGAGGUAAAACGCGUACGGACGCCAGGGUAGCGAGUACGGAUCAAGACUUGGCGAAGGAUCGACUUGUCACUUGUACUUUUCUUAAUGAAUGAUUGUUACAAAGACAAACAAAACUUACUCUAGGAGUAAGUAUGAUUAGCUACUUCUCUCGUCGCAGAAUUUGACCAAUUAUUGAUCAUCACAAAAUUAAUUUCUGAAAAAUGUAAUUUUUUAGAAAAUAAUGAUGGCAAUACUUCACUUGAAGUAUUGGCUACUUCUCUCGUCACAGAAUUUGAUCAAUUAUUGAUCAUCACGAAACUAAUUCCUGAAAAAUGUAGUAGGUUUUUUUAGAAAAUAAUGAUAGAAGUACUUCACUUGUUCAAAUUUACUCAUGUCCCCCUGAGAAUUACUGUAGAUCAUUUGAUAAUAUUUAUUUGUUUUUUUAAGUAUUAUUUUGAGCUGCAGAAAUAAAUAAUCGUAGGAUUUAAAACUUUUUGUAUUGCACUUUUUUCACGUCAAUCAAGUCAAACUGAUCCGAUGCUAAGCCUUAGAACCCACUAUCGUGACACGCCCUCCGAGAUCAAGAUAAUUGAUGCUAUCAUGUAAAGACUGAUUGUGAUAAAAAUAAUAAAACGAUGUGGGAAUCAUUAAUAAUAACUUUUUUGGAGAUUUCUCACACGGCUAUUGGUAUAAUUUUGCGUUUCCUUUUGUAAGCGAUUUCUCGAUAGGCUCGGAGGACGCGAUCGCUCAUGCAUUAUUGCAAGACACACAGUCUUUUUUUUUAUAAAAAUAUAUAUAUACAUAAUUAUUAUGUGUAAUUAUUAUCACAUUAUUACGUAUUGCAAAUUAUUACCGCUCUGAAGCAAAGAUUCUUAUUAUUAGUGUAGUUGUUUCGAUAUUUUUUUAUAGUCGGUAAAAAUUUCAUUUAACAGAAGGAAAUGUGUCGUGCACAUGAAAAUAGGUAUGCGUGGUGAAACAUAAACAGAAGGGGAAGAUGUACAAGUGAAAAUAUUCGGAAUCAUGUGUUUAUUAUUCUUUAUAAGAAGUCGUGUUCAAAGAGAAUGCUCUAUAAUCAUGUAACAUGCUGUGAAUGACUUUUUCGGAGUCUUCUUUCUUACAUAAAAUAAAAAAAACAGCAGUUGAGCGAUCGUUGAGUUCACUGGAGCACCAGCAAGGUGAAUUUUACGAAGCAUUAUAUAGCUAAUCGUUUAUCGCUAUACGAAAUAAUCAAUCAAGCUAUACAUACAUAGUGGUCGUAUCGUUGUAUAAUAAUAAUUGCACUUAAUCCUUAUACGUCGGCACGCAAGACGACUGAUCUGCAUAAGUUCACGUGCAGUCUACGUUACGAAAUCAAAGUAAUAAAAACACACAUAUACACACACAAUGAAACACAAUCAGACUUUGAAUUCUACAAUAAGUUGACUGUCUUUUCUUCUUAUUCUAAGAUUAGAAAAUGUGGAGCUGAAAUCAUCUAGUAAUAGAAAAACAGUUCAGUCGAUUAGAUCUAAGCAAUUACGGGGUAAAAGGCAAGAUCUUUUAGACAGUUUCGGAAUGUUUCAUCACUAAUGGAGUCCUGAAAUUCGCUGCAGAAACCUGAUUCAUAAUGAAUACUUGAAAAAUAGUGAUCAAUCGCGUAUGUAUACGAUCGAAUCAUUAGAUAUACUGACCUAUUAGGGGUGAUUAUUAUAAUUUAGCAGCACUCGUGAUAAUUACAAUCAAUUUUAUGCAUAAAAAUAUCAGUUUCAAAUUAAACUCAUUCGUUAUAGCAGCAAAAUAUCUUCCCAUUAUAUUUUCCAAUACAUAUUGUAUGGUCUCGUUCCAUUUAUUUCUCAUCGAGACAAUAAACUUGCCGAAGAUGCUAAACGAUAAAAUAUUCGCGAUGAAAUGGACAGGAAAAGAAAUAUUACAAGAAACUGAUAACGCAUUAGAAGGUACACGCAAACUCGUCAUGUAGGUAUAUCAAGUGAAAUAAUGCGCACAAUGGCGGCAUGAUAAAUUGAGAAUUUCUUUCGAAUUCCAACGCGAAGUUUGAGCAUUAAAAACCUGAUUAAAGAAAUCGAUAUAAUUCAGAAUUUAACGAACUUGCUUUAACGUCUUCCUUGUUGCUUCUAGGAAGAUACUUAAUUGUUGUUACUAAUUGCUAGUAAUAAAAAUUAAAUAAUGACUUGUGAUAAUAAAUUAAACAAUUUAAGACAUUGAGUACUUGGAGAACGCCAUUGCUAUGCCUGAUAUCCCUGCAUCGUACAUAGAACAGAUUGUAGGCAAAAAAACAAUCUUCAGCUACAUGUUGGUCUCUAUAACAUUGUCGCAGAGCUUAUAUGCUUUACUGACUAGCUACCCUGUAUCAUCUUGUUAAAUAAAGCUAGGCGUGUUUAUUACAGUAAGAGAAAUACAAUACCAAAUAAAAAAAA